GCGACGCGUUCUUGAUGGAAACUGCAACCAGCACACAACGCAACAGCCACAGCCAGCCCUUCAAAACCAUUGAUCAGGUAUCCCGAGACGCCCGUGAUAUGCCGGAUCCCACGCGUCGAUGAUAUCUAUUCCAGAUCCUGAGAAAUGGCUUCGGUCACUUCGCUAGGCCUCCAUCAGCCUACAGGACUUCAACAUGCGAUCCAAGAACGAUUCCUGCCUCCAGAACCACCUAGCACAUCCUACGAAUGGCACAAUCACUUCGAUAGCAAUGCCGAUUCCUCCUCCGAAGAUGACGAAUUGCUGGUGACCCCGCGGUGCGUGAUAUGGUCUCGGGGUGGGGUCUUUCGAAAAAGCUACAAUUUUGAUCUGGAGAAGGAAGAGGUCACCCAAGCUUUGUUGACAACAUUUCCGAGUGUUGGCCCUCUCGCUGCCAAGGAGAGGAAGGCGACACAGAAGAAGGGAAAUGCAAACCAGAGGGAAGCAGCAAUUGUCGUCUUUCUUAAGACUCAAGCACAUGUGUAUUUCCUCUCUGGCACGAGCCAUGUUAUACAUCUGCCGUUCGAGGUUGAGACCGCCUCUGCUGCUCCCAAUGGCCUCAUCAUUCAACGAAAAUUACGGGUUGACAAUCUCGUGCCUGCAUCUCUCAAUUUCCCGAAAGUGCCGCCGAACUCCUUCGUUUCCUCCCAACCAAAGUCAUGGUCUGCUGCAAGCUCGCAACUAUCAACUUUCUCCAUCGCAGACCUCGGGGCGCCGAAACAGAUGGCAAUGCCACAUUCGACACUGAAGGAUAUGUGGGAUCCGCCAGCACUGAAGAAUGACUCGAAUUGGCCAAGGCUCUUCUCAUUAUCGGACCCCCUUGCUGAAAUUGGGCUGGUUGUUGCCAAACCCGUCAAAUCGCCGAAUCGCGGACACAGGGGGAGCUCUGUGAAGGCAGCCGCGUUAGAUACUGCAGAAGAAAUACUCCAUGUGUCUCGUCGAGACGAGUUCUCUCCCAAGGACAGCAAGGACCCCCUCAUCCUUGCAUUGACUCUGAACCGAGAAACCAGUAUGUAUACGGUAUGGAAGGUCGCAUAUACUGGUGAAGAGUCAAGUCUGGGAGAGAAACAGAGGAUUCCGAGCGGUGCUAUAUCCCGUCGAAGAAGCUCCUUCGUCCCUGGUACGGGGACAGGGGCCACGACCCCCGUCAUGAACAGCCAGCAGACGUUCAGAGAAAGUCUGGGGGGCAAUCAACAGGACCUGAGGUCGAAGAAGAAUAAGAAUAUGCAAGAUGAGUCCCGAGACAGGCUUACUGAUUUUGCCUCGACUCUGGACCCUGACUUUGAGAAUACCACAAUUCCACGGAGGAAAUCUCGACGGGUGAGCUCGAUGCUUGCAAGAGCAGACUUGUCUGCGUCACAUGAGCGUUCUGCCUUCUCAGAGCUUGCAACUGGGCUUCAGCACUCCACCACCAGACGAGCAGAGUCUUUGGGCGGCCAACAUGCCAGAACAAGCAUUGGAAACCAUUCAGUAGUGAAUGGACAAAACUUUCAUCAAGCCUCGCACUUCAACAAUAGUCUUAACAACUAUUUGGAAGCGCCCGUUGAUGAUCUCCUGGACGAACUUCGAGCCGGUGGGGAUUUCGAGGGAUUCCACAAUAUGGGACUCGAUGACGAUGAAUUCGACGGCCUCAAGCAAGAAGUGGUCUUCAGCAAAGUGUGCCAAGUCCCCGCCGAACAUACUAACGUUCGAUACUCGAGCCAACAUCUUCCCGCGUCCAGCCAAUGCAAGAUUUUCACACUGACAGCUCCACCAUCUGCAGCGGAUAACAAGCAAGGAAACACCAUUGUUUACUGCGCGUUAGACACUAAGGAAAGGAAGCUUCUAGUGUUAACUCUCUUUGCGCAGAUCCAUAAGGCGAACGUUGACCUUUCUCCGAAUCAUGUCAAUGGCAUGAAAUCGGAGAGGGAAAUCACCGUGGUCACCUUGGGACCGACAAUGAGAGCGGACAACAUCAUCGAUGCGUGCAGGAUUGACGAUGGGCUGGUUUCCCGCAUUCUACUCCUGACUGACACUGCAGAUGGGUAUGGAGAGCUCACUCUGCAAGCACCAUGGUGUGGAUUGAUGAAAGUUCCACUCCCUCCGAAAUUUGCCGUCAGUAAUAUUCGAACUCUCAGUCAUAACAUUCUCCCGCGAGCGAAAAGGGAAGGUGGCUUUAAGAGGGUUCUCAGUCAGGGACCUCGAGCUCUUCGAGGUCUGAAGAACUCCAAACCAGGAGGUCUCGUAGAUCUCGUUGAUGAUGAAGGAAAGAUGCACCAGCUCCAGAUCCAACUGCAGCCUCGAAACCCCCAUGUUUGCAAAAUUCUUGAAGUGUGUCGAGGCGUUAUUCCAGGAGGAAGAGCGGGAGAAGGGACCCUCAAUGCAUGGUGGAAUGUCAUGCAAUGGCUCCGACUUGAGUCAGUAGAAGCAGAAGACCCUGAGUGGUGUGCUCUUGUUAUUGUUCUACUCUCCAUGGUAAUCAGCCUGGGUAAACUUUCGAAGCCGGCGAAGCACCACACACAUGCAAAGCAGAAGUCUCGAGCUGGCUUCUUACGAUCUAGCAGUGGUGCUCAAUCGGACCAGGAAAGCUGGGAGAUAAUGCUGGAACAGGAGGCCUUCAAUGGAAAUCCAUUGCCGUCUUGGGCUGACAAUUCUGGUUGGAGUUGGCUUGCUGAUGAUGCUGGCUUGAAUGAUGGCGACUCGGAGCCACUUUCGUUGUUUGGUGCAAAGAGCAGUGACAGAGACUCUUUUAUUAGAAGACAUGUGAAGCUCGCCAGAGACUUCGCAUGCACACAAUUCGGCCAGAAUGCAAUUUAUAGUUGUCUCCCGACGUCUCCUGACAGAGAGCGAAGUAUCGAGAGUCGGAAAGCUGCUCUCGUUGACAUUUUUACUUGUCUACAUCUUCUACGAGAAGAGCAAAGGCUAGAUACGACUACAGCCGAGUCAUUGAGUACUGGUGUGGCAAACUUGAGUCCAGUUCUUGCCCAGAUUGCCAGGUGGCUUGGCUGGGACAGUUGGAUACAACACUAUGAGUUUGAGGAGGCUUCCUUAAUUGAUACGGACUACGAUACUGAUUUCCCCAUCGAGUCCGUUGUUCCUCAACUGUUUGAGUGUCCGUCCAUUUACGACUGGAUACAGAAUUGUUUAGCCAGUCGUCGUCUGAUACCAUUCAUGACACUCCCAGAAAUGGUUGCUACUCGAUCCCCUGCUUCUAGCAGCAAUGCUCAUAACUUGAGUCAAUGGACCAGACUCACUCCAAGAACACUUAUGUUGGAGCGAUUCUUCUCUUCGAUGCAAAGCGACUGGUGCCCGGCCCAGUUCGUCGAGGCGUUGUUUGCUGCAGGCAUUGAUCUCCUCGUGCUGGAAACAUUACCCGAAGCUGUCCUAGCCCCUUUCCAAGAGGCCAUAGUCCAGUGUCAAAACGAACCUCCGACGUCUUGGAGCAAAGAUCUCCUUGCCCUUGUCGGCCGAGAAGACGUAAAUACGCUGUUGGUGCCGGGACAACAAGCGCGUCAUUCCAAGACGAGCAUAUUGGCUCCAUCCCACGAAGCAAGCUUGGAUGUCCACUCUAUUUGUUUAUUUACAGGAGAUAACGAGAGUACGGGAUCAUUUGACGGAUCUGCAGAAGUAGAUCGACAGGCCAUUACUCGGUCGAUAUUCAAAGACGAUCGAAGGAUGAAUGAAGCCUCAGCCAUCUUGAGCACUACGACACCUACUGUAGCACGCUGUAAAGCUGAACCACAAUGGACAGAAUCGGAGUUGCUAGAAGCACAAAAAGAACAUGCUCAGAUGCUAGCUCACCGGACACUGGCGAUUUCUUCUGGGCGGGGAUUAUUAUACUACAGCGCCCGAAUACCUCUCCUCACGCAACAAGUCAAGAUUAUCACCUUUAAUCUGAGCUGUAUAAUGAAACCGGACAACAUUAGUGUUGGAGUCGACAAAAGUGCAUUCACAGAAGAGAAAGUAUGCUGGGCUUUCUUCCAUGCAGGAGUUGCUGCUGGGCUCAGCAUAUCGCGUGAUGCAAAAGGAAUUGAUACUUCAUGGAUUCUAUACAACAAACCUCCAACGGAGCUCAAUAACCGCCACGCUGGUUUCUUGCUUGCUCUGGGUUUGAAUGGACAUUUGAAGUCUGUGGCCAAGUGGGUUGCUUUCAAGUAUUUGACUCCGAAGCACACGAUGACUUCCAUUGGAUUACUUCUCGGUUUGGCUGCAUCAUAUAUCGGGACAAUGGACUCUUUGAUUACCAGGCUCCUCUCUGUCCAUGUGACACGCAUGCUGCCCCCUGGUGCAGCGGAGCUGAAUCUUUCGCCUCUGACUCAGACGACUGGGAUAAUGGGCAUCGGUUUGCUUUAUUGCAAUACACAGCAUCGCCGAAUGAGUGAGAUAAUGGUUUCAGAAAUUGAGCACAUAGAUACUGAGACUGAAGAGGAGCCUCUACGAAAUGAGGGUUAUCGGCUUGCUGCCGGGUUUGCUCUUGGCUUUAUCAAUCUGGGAAAAGGCUCAGAUUUGAAGGGACUUCAAGAUAUGCGGCUCACGGAAAGACUCCUUGCUCUUGCGGCAGGCAGCAAGAAAGUUGACCUUGUCCAUGUUUUGGACAAAGCUACGGCUGCGGCUGUGGUGGCCAUUGUUCUGAUCUUCAUGAAAUCAGAAAAUCAAGUCCUGGCUCGGAAGAUCGACGUACCAGAUUCUCUUCUGCAGUUCGAUUAUAUCCGACCCGACAUCUUCCUCCUCCGAACACUUGCCAGACAUUUGAUUAUGUGGAGCAAAAUUGAGCCGUCUUUCAACUGGAUCAAGGUCAAUCUACCAAAAGCGUACCAAGAUCGAAGCAAGCUGGAAAGCGUCAAUAGCUUGACGAGUGAGGAUCUCCCAUUUUACGAUAUCAUUACCGGUCUUUGCUUCAGCAUUGCCUUACGAUUCGCUGGGUCUGCUUCCCUGGUUGUUAGGGACCUACUGAUCCAUUACCUUGAUCAACUGAUGCGGAUAUGCCGGAUCGAGGCGAACACUUUUGAUAAGAAGUUGACCAGAAAUACUGUGCGAAAUUGUCAAGAUCUCGUUUCUCUGGCAGUAGCGACUGUAAUGGCUGGUACCGGCGAUCUUGUCGUCUUCCGUCGACUCCGAUCAAUGCACGGUCGUGAUGACAACGAGACGCCAUAUGGUAGUCAUCUUGCAGCUCAUCUGGCAAUCGGUGCUCUGUUUUUGGGAGGUGGAACUUUUACUUUUGGCACGUCAAAUCUGGCAAUUGCUGCGUUGCUGGUGGCCUUCUAUCCCAUUUUCCCAUCAUCGGUACAAGACAACAAAUCUCACCUUCAAGCUUUUCGACAUUUCUGGGUGAUGGCGGCAGAGGCACGAUGUCUUGUUGCCAAAGACAUUGACACGAACUUGCCUGUUCCGAUUCCGGUCACGAUAACCCUUCGGAAUGGCGCACAAACUCAACGACAUACACCUUGUUUGCUACCAGAGCUAGAUCGGAUUAGUACCGUUCGUACGACAAGCCCGGAGUAUUGGAACCUUGUCCUCGAUUUUGAGCACAAUCAGACACACAUCGCUGCGUUUAAGGCUACUCAAACAAUAUAUGUGCGACGCCGACCAGCUCAUGAUGCCAACACAUCCGUAUUCCAAGCGACUUUACAAGCCCUGAAUGACGGUGCUGGCACAUCAUCCAACUCACUUGAGUGGCUGUUCGAACUUCCUGCCUUCGCAGGUCUCACCAAAGCAGAAAGAGCCCUGGUUCUUCCGCCUAAUCAUGGUGGUGCGAGUGAUAUCCAUGCUAGUACAGAUCAGACGGUUGUGGAUUCAAGGUUGGUGCUCGAGAAUGCAACUCUUGAUAGUGGGAAGAGAGAUCGACUGUUGGGCUUAAGAUUACUCUUCGACUGGGCGGAUCGGGCAACGAGUGAUGGGAAGGAUAUGCAAUGGAUACGAAGGGAGGUGGUAGAGAGAUUGAAGGCUAGGGUAUGGAUGCUAGGGACGGAGUAGGUGCAUUAUCACGGUGUUUUGAGUUGCUGAAUUGGGGCAGCACUGUGUAACGCAUUUUAGCGGUGAACGGAAAAGUAGCAUUUUGAGUGGAACCGCAGAUCUUGGCUAAGAAUGGUGAGAACUGCAAACCUUGAUCAAUGUCCUAGAGUAUACCACGUGCUCCGGAGAGGUAACAAGGUCCGACCCAG